GGGAGACGGGAAGAGAGGACCUGCUGGGAACAGCUAAUUAGGAUGCUGUGGGUGAGGAGUCCAGUGUGACAUUUUGGGGAUUGAGUUAGGUGAAAGCUAGUGUUUGGGAAGAUGGCUCGGGAAACUGCUUACACUAGAGGGAAUCUUGAGAGCGUUCUUUGAAAAGGAAUCAGAAUUUAGUUAAAGGUUGGAUUGAGAAUGUUGAGAUGCGCAUUGGAAUGUCUGGAGUUGAGGGUUCAUGUUGAAGUGGUGUGAAGUGAGGGAAGAUGGAAUUUUUUUUUUUUUUAAGGGUGGGGUCUGGCUGUGUUGCUCAGACUAGUCUUGAACUCCUGGGCUCAAGCGAUCUUCCCACCUUGGCCUCCGAAAGUGCUGGGAUUACAGGUGUGAGCCACUGCACCCGGCCAAGAUGGAAAUGUUAAAAGUGUUCAGCAUGGCAGUGUGUAUGGUCGAGUUUUUGAUCAGGAAGGAAAGUUCUUAAAUAACAUUGGGGCAAGGAAUUGGUAUAUGAAUGACCUAAAGCUACAAAUAAAGACGGAGAGAGUACAGUGCCAACUGGGAGCAGGGCAAGAAUGCCAAUUCCUCCUCCCCCGCCACCCCCACCUGGUCCUCCUCCACCUCCCACAUUUCAUCAGGCAAACACAGAGCAGCCCAAGCUGAGUAGAGAUGAGCAGCGGGGUCGAGGCGCCCUCUUACAGGACAUUUGCAAAGGGACCAAGCUGAAGAAGGUGACCAACAUUAAUGAUCGGAGUGCUCCCAUCCUCGAGAAGCCCAAAGGAAGCAGUGGUGGCUAUGGCUCUGGAGGAGCUGCCCUGCAGCCCAAGGGAGGUCUCUUCCAAGGAGGAGUGCCGAAGCUUCGACCUGUGGGAGCCAAGGAUGGUUCAGAGAACCUAGCUGGUAAGCCAGCCCUGCAAGUCCCCAGUUCUCGAGCUGCUGCCCCAAGGCCUCCAGUAUCUGCAGCCAGCGGGCGUCCUCAGGAUGAUACAGACAGCAGCCGGGCCUCACUCCCAGAACUGCCCCGGAUGCAGAGACCCUCUUUACCGGACCUCUCUCGGCCUAAUACCACCAGCAGUACGGGCAUGAAGCACAGCUCCUCUGCCCCUCCCCCGCCACCCCCAGGGCGGCGUGCCAACGCACCCCCCACACCUCUGCCUAUGCACAGCAACAAAGCCCCCGCCUACAACAGAGAGAAACCCUUGCCACCGACGCCUGGACAAAGGCUUCACCCUGGUCGAGAGGGACCUCCUGCUCCACCCCCAGUCAAACCACCUCCUUCCCCUGUGAAUAUCAGAACGGGACCAAGUGGCCAGUCUCUGGCUCCUCCUCCUCCGCCUUACCGCCAGCCUCCUGGGGUCCCCAAUGGACCCUCUAGCCCCACUAAUGAGUCAGCCCCUGAGCUGCCACAGAGACACAAUUCUUUGCAUAGGAAGACACCAGGGCCUGUCAGAGGCCUAGCACCUCCUCCACCCACCUCAGCCUCCCCCUCUUUACUGAGUAAUAGGCCACCUCCCCCAGCCCGAGACCCUCCCAGUCGGGGAGCAGCUCCUCCACCCCCACCACCUGUGAUCCGAAAUGGUGCCAGGGAUGCUCCCCCUCCCCCACCACCGUACCGAAUGCAUGGGUCAGAACCCCCGAGCCGAGGAAAGCCCCCACCUCCACCCUCAAGGACGCCAGCUGGGCCACCCCCUCCUCCUCCGCCACCCCUGAGGAAUGGCCACAGAGAUUCUAUCACCACCGUCCGGUCUUUCUUGGAUGAUUUUGAGUCAAAGUAUUCCUUCCAUCCAGUAGAAGACUUUCCUGCUCCAGAAGAAUAUAAACACUUUCAGAGGAUAUAUCCCAGCAAAACAAACCGAGCUGCCCGUGGAGCCCCACCUCUGCCACCCAUUCUCAGGUGAAGCCUGGCUUGGUCCUGUUCCUCAGGAAAAGGAUGGACCUUCUCUUCUUCUCAGUUGGUCCCUUCCAUUCCCCUGAAACCUGCAUGAGAGCUCCUAACAUGUUUCUCCAAUGCAAUCAACCCCUAGACUCCAAGUGUCCUCCCAGCUCGCCUCCAUCUAUGCAUCUCAUCUCUGGAUUUGGUGAUCAGACUCUAUAUUGACAGUAGGAUCUCAAACCCUGCAUCCAUCCUUCCUCCAGCAAGCCCUGCUAGUCACAUGAGGAUCAAGUUUCCGUGUCUCCUGCCUUCCUCUUGGGGAAAGGUGCCUUGUUGUGAUGAAUUAACUCACUGUUAGGGCAGGGUGGAGAAUAGUACUCCUUCCUUCUCCUGUCCACUGUGGGGGAAGCUUGGCAGGUAUAUUAUAUUUCAUCAUUUAGGAGGCUGGCAUGACCAGGACUUAUGGGUGGGAGGGGAGCAUUUUUAGUGAAGCAAGAAAGGAGUUUGCCAAGAAGUGAUCUGUUUUAAAGGUCAUAUUUGGAGAAAGGGCAAGGAAUUGGGUCUGCUUUAUUUUUAGGGGUAUUUUGUUUUUGUUCUCACCUGCUGCCCCCCUACCACCACCCCAGGGAUAAAUUGGAUAUAAACACUAAAUACUAAUCAGUUGAACUUAACAUUUAACAAAAAGAAAGGGUGAAAUAAAUGGAAGACCAUUUUAGAACUAGUCAGUUCUCUGCAGCAAAGGGACCAGGAGCCAUUUGAACCCUCUGGGACCCCUCACCCCACUGCUUCAGGGUGCUAAGCUGAGGGAUGUUUUUCCUCCCCCUUACAACCCAUGCCCUUGAAAGAAAAGUCACUUUUUAUGGAGGGCAUCAUUCAUUCCUGAUUCACAAACCCCAAAAACCUCUGGUGGGAGAUAGGAAGAUAGGGUGUGGGCCUGGGCCUUAACCUCAAUCUUGAGUCUGCCUCAGUCUUUUCUGACUGGCCCUGAAGUUGUCAGUGGCUCUUUCUGUCCUUCAGCCCCUGGAAGGUGCUCCAGGAUAACAAAGAAGGGCAGGUUGAAGCCCCUCAUGGACGGACCUGGCUUUGUGGGGCUGCAAAGGACUUUUAAGUCCUGCCUGUACUGAAGUUCACAGCCCACCUGACUGAGCAGACUCUUCCUUUCUCUACCACCCUUGCCUUCCCAGGACUGCACGGUUUAACACAGCACAGUACAGAAGGGUGAAGAAGUGAGCAGAGGCUUAUGAGGAUAUUCAGAUUCUCUUCUAUGCCAGGAAGCACAAAGACUUUGUUGAGAUUUGCCUCAGUUCAGUAGGUCUUCCUUGGCAGCCAGCCAUAGGUUGUUUCUUUGUCUUCCAGGUCCUAAAGAGCACAGAGAAAAUGGAGGUCCCCAGUCUAGGUAGGAAGCUGAUUGGACGAGGACUUCUUUUUUUCCGACAGCAGGAUGGGGCUCCUGGGCUCGACACACCAGAUGCUUUGGUUUUCUACAACUGUUGCUACGUAUAGAGGCUGCUCAGAGCGUGGCAUGAGAGCAAGGAGACCAUGGCUACUCUUUGAAAUGGAUGGGGAAAAUUAGCUUAAAAAUUUAAUCACACACAUCACAGGCUUAAACUGUCUUAGGGACCUUUCCAGUUGAUUGGAUCACAGGCUAGGGAUCUGUCCAUGGUGCCAGGUGAAACCCAAGUCUCCCCAGUGCUAGGUGAGGGAGGGCUCAAUGGGGAUAAUGUGUAUGGGAUCUGCUGUCCUUUGCCAUCCCCUGGACCAUAUUAACUCUGGGAUAGACCAUGAUUAGGUCUGUCACCAAACUUUUCCUAAUCAUUUUUUAUGUAUCAUUCUUCUUUCUAAUCUGUUAGCAGUUAUCUCCCAGAAGUAUCCCUAGCAUCCUGAAGCAAACAGAACUGCCGGGCACUGUGGCUUACUCCUGUAACCUCAGCAAUUUGGGAGGCCAAGGCAGGCGGAUCACCUGAGUUCAAAAGUUCGAGACCAGCCUGUCCAACAUGGCAAAACCCCGUCUCUACUGAAAAUACAAAAAUUAUCUGGGCGUGGUGGCAUGUGCCUGUAGUCCCAGCUACUGGGGAGGCUGAGGCAUGAGAAUCGCUUGAACCCAGGAGGUGGAGGUUGCAGUGAGUGGAGAUGGCGCCACUGCGCUCCAGCCUGGGUGACAGAGUGAAACUCCGUCUCAGAAAACAAACAAACCAGACACAACUGAGAGAGGGGAUGCUAGUGGAGGGAAAAGGAGAGAGUACAAGAGUUGAUACUGCAGUAGAGUUCCAGGGCAGAUACUGACAAGUGACUGAACUUUGACUGUGAAGUCUUCCCAUUUAUUUUUGAAAUGGGAGUCGAUGCCUUUUGUACAACAUUAUCAAAGUGUUUUUUUUUUUUCCUCCUUUACUCAGACAUAGAGCAUCAAAAUAUCACGAGUAAAGCCAAACCCCAGCUUUUCACUGGGGCUGAUAUCUUCCUCCCCACGGCCCGCUGCCCCUCAUAUUCCCCAGCACUUGGACUGUGUCACAUGGGUAUUGAUUGUAUACUUGUUGUCUUGGCCUCAUGCAAAAAGGCCUAGGUCUAGAUCUAGUCAGAUGAGUUUUUUUCAGAGCAUGUUGAUGAUACAACACCUGUUUAAAUGUCUUUGCCUUAUAUGUUAUUUGGUCCCGCUGUUAAUAAUAGAUUUAUUACCAUGUAUAUUUACUCUUGAAGAUGGGAAUGUGAUCUGCAUAGUUAUCAGUCUAUUUUGUAUGUUGUAAAAAGCUUCUAAUUUAGGUUUAAGGUGGGCUGGCUACAAAAGCACUAAAACUCCUCACCUUUUAAACUGCUCUUUUUAUCUG